GAAACGAAUGUGUAAUUUAAGUUUAAACAGGGGGGCGGGAUCAGAUUUUUAAAUUCUCGAAGUGUGAACUGCAGUGAGUUGUGUUAGCUGAGGAACUGAUCGGUUGUAAACAAUGGCUUCUCAGAAUUUGGAUCCUGCUGCGGCUUCUUCUACAGCUGCAUUAAAAGGAAAUGAAACAGCUGGAAAUGUCUCAAAGGGCUCCGUUACCAAAAGACUCCAGCAGGAACUGAUGACUCUUAUGAUGUCCGGAGACAAGGGAAUUUCAGCAUUCCCAGAAUCUGACAAUCUUUUUAAAUGGAUUGGCACAAUAGAUGGUGCUCAGGGAACAGUUUAUGAAGGCUUGAGAUAUAAGCUGUCACUGGAGUUUCCUAGUGGAUACCCAUACAAUGCUCCUCGAGUAAAAUUCAUUACAAAUUGCUUUCACCCAAAUGUCGAUGAGAAUGGUUUCAUCUGCUUAGACAUUUUGAAAGAGAAGUGGUCUGCUCUUUAUGAUGUUCGAUCAAUUCUGCUAUCUAUUCAGAGUUUACUUGGAGAGCCCAAUAACGACAGCCCUAUGAAUUCUGCAGCUGCGGAAUUAUGGGAAAAUCAAGAAGCUUUUAAAGCCCAUUUGCUUGCAACCUACAAGAAUUGACCUCCAGGAAUAAAAACGUCUGCUUUUUCUCUUUUUUUCAUGUUCUGACUUUUUUCCUUGCUUAUAAUUAUGUAAAUUUAAACUCUGUCUGUGUCUGUACAGUAUUUCUAUGUUUAUUAAAGAUAUCUCAAUUAAAUGCCA